ACAAACAUGGCGGACUGUGUAGCUGUCGUUUGGUUAGGAUUGUUUUCAUUGUUUACUUCGUUCGCCUCGAAGGAAAACACAACUUUUAACUUAACUAAUUUCACAACAGUUCUCUACUGGGAUGUAGCACAAAACCAGACUUUCGAUAAUUUUACACCUACCGCCACGGACUUGGAAUCCUCCACCAUUCCUAACACCGGUAGUGAAGCUACAGUUGAUGCAUCGCUAGGUCCGAGUUCUGAACCGGUGACUGAACGACUGACGGCUGCACCGACUGACUACGGUCAUCUACCAACCCUCGUCACUGAUGUUGGCAGUGUGUGUUCCUGUGAUGAACACAGAGGCAUCUGUGACAUCAACUGCUGCUGUGACAGAGAUUGUGGCCAGGAACUGGCCUUGUUCACCCACUGCUCGCUUACUACAAUCAGUGGCAACAAGCAUUUCUGCAGUGAUUAUUCAGCAUUCUAUGAUUUAAAGGAUACAGUAGAGGGCUACUCCGAACUGCAGUCGUCUAUCCAAAGGGAAACAUGUUAUCACGCUUUCUGUAUCCAGUCACAGAAUCGUGUUGAUGCAUUUUCUUUCCCUGCUCCUGCUCUUCCGGUGGACACAAACUUUGACAUGCUGUUCAAACAGUUUAAAAAGUUUGCUUUUAGCCGGCAGGAGGAAAGCACUCAGAUGCCAAACACAUUUUAUCACUAUGGCGAUGUAAUUGAGUCUGUAAAGGAAAAUGGACAAAGAGGCGCACUUUGGCUCCCGGCUUCCGGUGUUACAGUUGACUGCGUUGACGUCAGUCCCAUAGCAUUUCUCGUGGACGUGAAAGGUCGUUGUUCUCGGCGUGUGGAUCUGAUGAAAGCGUGCACCUCUCUAUCUCCCCUUAAAGCGGACACGUAUACUAAGAUCAACGUCUUUGCUCACAAGAACGAAGACGCCCCAAUCGUACCCGUGCAGACAACUUCAGUUGUCUUGCAAUCUUUAGAUGGGACUCAACAGGAAUUAAACCUCGACGAACAGAACGAUAUCAAUCCAAACCUCAUCACAACACCGACUAACGUGUGUGCUAAUGUUGUCCUCAAGGUUUUGUAUGUGGUGACGUACUCGGUUUCAGGUCAAAUAGUGAGUGCUGCCGUGCGUCUGCUGCUGGGGCACCUUCAUGCAAAACCACUGACUCUGGAGCAGGACUUUGCUAUCACAUUCAUACAGGAGAACAAUGAGAAUGUGCCGGAGCAAAACAGUGGAAAUCCCGGUUAUGUGUUGGGACGUCCUCUUUUAUCUGCCCGAGCAACUCCUGAAUAUCCUUCAUGCACGGAAUAUGUUACUAUUAUUGUUUUUAAAACGUGCAUGUUGUCCUUAACAGCUGUCCCUACAGGACUUGUGAGACACCAUGGAGACACGGUGUCCAUUCAUCAGAGUUCUUCAAACCACAAUUGUAUGAGCGGUGCACAUAAGCGUUCUCCUGUCCUGUUUGGUGUGGAAGCAACUUCUGGCUGCACAUUGAGACUGGAGGAUUCGACCAACUGCUCCCUUGUUUCACAAAUCGUUCUUGAUGUUCUGCAAGGGCACAACUAUCCCCAGUUUGUUGCUGCGUUCGGAAACUCUUCAGUAAACAAUUCCCUCGACUGGGUGUCCAUUCAGCACACCUACCAACCCACCGAAUCACAAGCUUGCAGCAUCCCGUUGUCACUUGACUUACAGAUCGAGUGGACUAAAUACGGACACCUGAGGAAUCCCCAAGCUCAAAUUGUGAGCGUCAAGCAAAUUAUCCAAACUAAUACCAGCGAUCUGGUUCUGCUGAGCACAGGCACAAACGCUGUAUCCAUUAGGAGCUCGGUGAGCUUCAUAGACGUUUCUGCUGCUGCUCUUCCUGGUUACAGAGCCAUGCCCACCAUCAACGCCAAGCUGCCCGCCGACUUCUUCUUCCCGUUUGUGUGAAUCGAUAACCAUCACUACCAGACGCAGCAGGAUGAGUAGACCCAUUCCAUCGAAAACAUCAUCAUGGAAGAGAAAGACGAUGUCCAGUACAAAAGACAGCACCACCACUAAAGCGUCAAACACCUCAAACUUGUGUUGGAAGAACUCCAAGCGAUACGCGUACAGCUUGCCGGCGAGUUCCACCAUGAAGAAUGUGAGAAGUCCCAAACUCAGGUAGUGAAAAACCUACCGUGGAAGUAAAGGGUAAUCCCUCAUGAACGCAUGAUACAAAACAUCAGGUAUUGGAUGGCUGAAGAACACAAAGACUCACCUCGGGUGCGAUGUGCCCGUGUUCCACUUGGAUAAUCGCCAAAUCUAUGAGAAGUUCUGCCAGGACGAAAAUGGCAUCCAGGACAACCAAACACACCACCAACACCUGAUGGUUGAAACCAGUCCACUGAUCAUUGUCAGACACUGAGAAGCCUGAAUGACCAUUAUCUCAUACAUGUUGAACUCAAACAUAUCACAUGGUGAUGGAGGCAAGGAAAACCUCAAUCUGGGCAAGAAACCUCCAACUGGUUGGCUUGGAUUGAAGGACAAAUCGCCGGAGUAGGAAUGACAAAGCAAUGGACACAACAGCAGUUACAUCAUAGUCAACAGCCAUCCCCUUAGCGGUAGAGGCAAGGAAAAACUCCACCAGAACCCAAACAGAGAAGACUAAAGGAACAGGAGAUCCCCUGGCAGUCUAGACUUAUAGCAGCACAACUAAGAAAUCACCAGGACAAACGGUAAUGCUAAUGCUAAUGGUUUAAUUUCAUUUGAACGUGCAUUAGAUUACUACUGAAUGCAUCCCAUAAUCAGUUCACAGUUCCACAUGUCCGAAAGGAGUAGGAAGAAGCAAAGCUUAUUAAAUCCUACCCCUCCAUCUGGUACUUUUAGAAUCAGUAACUGUUACAUUGGUUCACUUCCUGCUUUCCUAAUAUAGUUUAAGUUUUUUUAUCUAUUUUUUAUUUUGUUAUGAUUAUUUUUUUUUUUAUUUUAUUUUUGUCACAUAAUCAGUUCACAGUUCCACAUGUCCAAAAGGAGUAGGAAGAAGCAAAGCUUAUUAAAUCCUACCCCUCCAUCUGGUACUUUUACAAUCAGUAACUGUUACAUUAUAUUAGGAAAGCAGGAAGUGAACAAAUGUAAGUUUUUUUUGUUUUUUUUUCAACAGUAAUUAUUAUUAGAGCCCUCUAGACAUGAAAUAACACCCCUAUAGUCACAUUUAGACUCUUAUUACCCAAUGUUGUCAACAUAAGUAAGACUUGUGUGUGUGUUGCUAUGGAAGCUGAGUGGGAGGGGCAUAUACUUACACUUCUUGCUCUGAAGAAGUGAUGCCACCACAAUGGCGGCAGAUGUGAGCGUGUCAGUCACGGUACUGAACUGAACUGGCGACCAGGUGUACUACUGUGAUACUCUAGAGACCUCAGUUACGCUUACUAGGAAGUGAAAGCCUUCUAGAAAGUGAUCCCCCCCCCCCCCCCAAGUGAUACAAAUACCAAAGAUGUAACUAUUCAAUAUUGCAGUUUACAAGUAGAUACAAAUACAUUAUGAGUACUACAUAAAUACCUGGAAGCGGUCAGACGUGUAGAGUCUUUUCAGGGAAUCUCUGAAGGUUAAAGUUUCUGUUGCAGGUUCCAGGUCCUCUGAGAAGAUCUGCAGUUCUUCAUCCUCCCACUGUCCGGGCUGCUCAUCACCCACUGUGGUGAAAUACCUCAAAUACCGAGCCAUGAUAGUACU